AUGGUGGCAAAAACAUGGUUCAAAACAUCGCCCCUUAAUGAGGCUGCCAUAGAAGCACUCCAGAGUGUUCAGCUUUUUGCUGAUACACACGAUCAAGGCUGGGUGGAUGAUCGGGCGCUCGGAAAUUGGACAUGGUUGGAGAUUGCCCUCUAUGAAAACGAGACAUCUGAUUCGCCACGGGUCCGAGAGGGUGUUGAUCUGUUGGGCGGUGAAAUCCUUGCAGGAAAACAUGAUUUACUAGGGCUACUCGAGGUCGGAAAUUGUAUUGGGGCUCGGGUGUGUGCCCGUUAUACUGGCUGGGAGCUAUACGGCAGAGCUGCAUGCCUAGUGCUCGAUAUGGGUAAACCUACAAUUAUCGACACGCCUCCUAGCUAUGCUCAAACCUUUGAAAACACCAUUGCAAUUCAACAAAUUCUGAACAGUGUUAAUUCAAAGAACGAGGCAUUUGCUCCCACGAUCAAAGCAUCCUGGAAUAAAGCCGAAACAUUUGCCGGCAAUGAGAAACGUCCUCUUCGCGUUUUGGCGCUUGAUGGAGGUGGUGUCCGAGGUUAUUCCUCUCUGAUGCUCCUGAAAGAGGUCAUGGAUCGAGCAGCUCCCAAUAAGAAACCACAUGAGGUGUUCGACAUUAUUGGUGGAACUAGUACUGGCGGAUUGAUUGCCAUUAUGCUAGGCCGGCUGAAGAUGAGUGCCCAGGAAUGUUUGGAUGCGUACGACUCAGUCAUGAAAGAUGUCUUUGGCUCUGGUUGGCUACACACGCAUAUUGGAAAACCAUUGGACUAUCUUACAAAGGGCGAGUUUUACUCCGCUGGACAACUGGAGAAGGUAAUUAAGGACCUGCUUCGCAAAAGACUACCAGCAGGGCAGAGUGCAGAAGACGCUUCCCUUUUGGACGAGGCUAACCCAUGUAAAAUCUUCCUGAUGGCAACACGCGAAGAGUCUGCCAGCAACCGUGGGCCUGUCUUCCUUCGCUCUUAUACGAAUGACGAAGUUCCCCCAGACCCCGAUCUUUCCAAGAUCAAGUUAUGGGAGGCUGCCCGGGCCACAUCUGCAGCUCCUGGCUAUUUCCAGCCAAUUCAAGUCGGUAGAGUGAAGCUUGUAGAUGGCGGUCUGCUAGCCAAUAAUCCCCUGGGAUGGCUUUGGACUGAGAUUCUCGGUUUGUACGGUCCAACUCGUGAGACCGACUGUUUUCUCAGUAUUGGCACUGGGAUGGGUGCCAACGUUGCAGUUGCUCAGCCAGGACUCGACUUCAAGAAAGCAAUGUUCAGUUUCUCGGAUAUCGCAACCAAUACAGAGAGCACCAAUAUUCUUUUCCGAGCGCUCGUGGAUGCGUUUGCACCUCACGUUCAAACGAAGAAGUAUUAUCGACUGAAUGUCAGCAAGGAACUUCCUGAGCCGACAGACUCCAAAGGUAUUCUUGGCUGGCUAUCUGGGACCAAAGCUGUGCAGAAUGUAUUAAACAACUUUGAAGAUCCAGGGUCCCUGGAUGAUGUGGAUGCUAUCCCAAAAUUGAAGGAGUGGACGACAGAAUGGAUCAAGAUGCAACAGGAGAUGAUCAAGGCUUGCAGCGAGGCCCUUGCUAGACAUCUUUGA